AUGGCUAUUCCUUCUACUUUCGAUGCUGUAAAAGCACAUCUUGCUAACGUGCAGGAGGAUCCAUCUACGCCCCUUGACACCUCUCUUAUUGCCCGGCUGAAGCUACAGCUCAUCGAUAGCACCGAUCCCGUUGUCCCCGCCACGCUCUUAUCGCAGAUCUCAGUUCUUCUGCCUGUCCUCCAAGAGGACCCUACGCCACUUACCACACUUGCUACUGCGGCCUGUGCCUCAUUCAGCUUCACGGAUAUCCGCUCCGUCCAGCCCACAAUCAACCUCAUCGCUGGCUUUAAGGCUCCGUCAGAACCCAUAAACCUUCUUGCCCUUUCGCUAGUGACCAAAGCUGGACAGUCAUCUAGCGAUGCUGCGAUAGUCGCCGGUGACUCCGACCUUGUCGCCGCUCUGGUAGAGCUGUGGCUUUCGACAUCAUCGACGGCAGUUGCACAGGCUGCGCUUGAUGCGCUGUGGGCUCUAUUGGAGGUGGAUUCGGCCAGCCCUCUCGAGCAAGGAGAAUAUGAUCAUACCGGCGAUGACGGACGGGCAGGCCAAGGCCUCAUGUGGAGGAGAGUAUUCACGGAUAAGGAUGUUUAUGGUCUGCUGUUUGGGCUAUGCAGUCUGAGGAGCGAUGCACCCGGAGAUUUGUCCAAGCGUGAGCGGACUUUCGCGCAAGGCAGGUUAAUGGGGUUCCUGGUCAAGGCUGGUCGCUUACACUGGGAUAUCAUAUCGAAGUCUCAGGUCGCGGAUGUGGAGGCAAAAUACCAAAGUACCAGCCUUCUUCAUUUCGCGGCAAGUCAGAUGGUCGACUUGGGUGAUGUGUUGAUGCAUAUGGCUCUCUUGAGCUUCUUCAGAGAUCUGCUCGAUAUCGAUGCUCCAGGCCUAGUGGCUCGCGCCUCCGUGCAGUCGGUGUCAACAUUUUCCUCGCCUUCACUGGACUUUCUCAUUGCAGAGAACCUCCACUCGAAAGUGUUGGAAUACUAUCUUGACGAGUCAAGGCUUGAUCCCGUGGAUCUCCUCUAUCUCUCUGGUCCAGUCAUGGCUUAUUUGUCAAAGUAUGCGGAAUCAUACCCCAACCAUCUUCUUACAAAUCCAUUCACUGUUCUGGACGGUAUUAUCGCGCGCAUAAAUAGGGCUCUUGCGAUCCCCUCCACGCAAUGGGCGCAUGGGGAUGUUCCCACGGGACAUCUGGCCGUCCUGGCCUCCCUCCCACGGGUGCUGCUGAUCGAAGCCGGAAAGCACGGUUCAAACCCCAUGUUGAACAUUCCUACCAGCCCCCCGAACGGGGAGGCAUUGGAUGUCCUUGGAAAGAUCUUUCAUGGCCCAGCGCGGACCGAGAUGCCUGAUGCAAUGGAUCUAAACACAUCAGGUCAGACCCCGACUGACUGGCAACACGAGGCCGCUGCUGCACGCAUGCUGUACUUUAUGUACCUCAACCACAAUCCAGGAUUUUGGACGGACGUUGUUGCCGCCGCCGAUAUUCUGGUGAUGAAGGACGUUGCCUUGUCUGCGAUCGCUUUCAUGAAUGCUAUUGUCCUGGCCAACUGGCAACCACUACCCCCUGCAUCGCUUGUUACUAAUCAAUCGUCUCGAUUCCAACUGCCGUCGGAAGAAGGUCUGGGGCAACUCUCACCUGCAACAAGCGGUUUGCUUCCCUUGUCCGGCCCAUGGGCAGUUCUUACUCCUCCUGCUUUGACAACACUGCUACCUUAUCUCUUCAAACCACCACGAUCAUAUGCCGAGUUUGUGGGAGGCGGUGCCGGUGACUCUCAAAAUGCCGUUUGGAAGGUGGCUACGGCGAAACAUGAGGUUCUUGUUGCCCUGUACAAUCGCCUCCAAGAAAGCGGUGGGCAGAUGGAAGGGUUCGAGGAUAUCUUGCGAACGCUACGACAACGAGUCAGUGAAGGCCCUGUGGGUCCUAUCCAGUCUGCUACUGCGCAGGUGACGGCUGUUGGUCUGUGA